CAGUCGGCCGACUGGCUCAAGAAGCCGGAUGUUAUGAGCCGAUUUCUGGUCACCUACGAUGGUGGUCAGAGCUCGCUGAAGGUCACUACCUACUUUGUUAUCGCUGAAUUUGUGCCAGUGUCGUUUGGCCCUGGCGACCCCGUCGCCCUCCGCAAAGCCGAAGUCAACUCCGGGUUAGCCGACUACGAUAUCCUGUCCGGGCGCUGGAUCAAGCCAGAGAACCGCCGCUCGAGCACUCAACGUGUAGCACACGCCAUCCUACACAUGCGUAGCCCAGAGAGCGCCAACCACGCUAUCCGCAACGGCCUAAACAUUGAAGGCAAGACUGUAUCGGUGCGUAAACUCCUGCAGGAACCUCGUCGUUGUCUCCGGUGUCAGAAGUUCAACCCGGCGCACUUGGCGGCCGACUGUACUGUGAAAGACGAGAUAUGUGGAACUUGUGCGGGGGCCCACCGCACGGCAGAUUGCACAGUCACCGAGCACAUGCGGCGCCGUUGCGUUAACUGCGACACAACGGGUCAUGCUUCAUGGGACAGAGACUGCCCAGAAUUCAUCGAGAAGUUCGAGAAGCUCAGUGCACGGCAGCCGGGCAACUGGUAUCGUUUCUUCCCGACAGCAGACCCGCGGACAUGGGAAAUGCUUGAAUCCUCCGGGCCUGCUCGCCCGCCCCCCAGCCGU